UCGAGACUGACCACUGCACCAUGGCCUUCCUCAGCAAACGUGGAGAAUUCACCAAGGAGCACAGCAGGAGCCCACUGGACGAUCGAUCUGCCCGGUCUGACCCAAACUCCACCUCCGCAAGCCUCCAGGACACAGCCGUGUGCGCGAGAUGCUGCCUCAAAAUCACUGAUAAAUAUCUACUCAUGGUGAAUGGUCUGUUCUGGCAUAUGCGCUGUCUGUCCUGCAGCGUGUGUCACACGGCCCUCAGUGAGCGCAACAGCUGCUACAUCAGAGGCAGAGAGGUUUACUGCAAACCCCAUUACUACAGGAGGUGCCGGUGUGCAUGCUGUGGUCAGUCGGUGCGGUCCAGUGACUGGGUGCGCAGAGUGAAGGGGAAUGUUUAUCACCUGGCCUGCUUCUCCUGCUGCUCGUGUAAAAGGCAGCUGGGUACAGGAGAGCAGUUCGCUGUGGUGCAGGAGACGCUGUUGCUCUGCAGGAUGCAUUACGACUGCAUGCUUCAACAGCUUCAGCAAGGAAACUGUGUAACUAUUGGAGAUGGUGGAGCUAAGCCGUCUAAACGAGUGCGCACCUGUUUCACAGCAGAGCAGCUGCAGAUAAUGCAGGUCCAGUUUGCGCUGGACAGCACUCCUGAUGCUCAGGCCCUGCAGACACUGGCGGAGAAAACCGGACUGAGCCGAAGAGUCAUCCAGGUCUGGUUUCAGAACUGCAGAGCGAGGCAUAAGAAGCACGCGGGUCCGAGUCACUGUGCGGUAACAGCCGCUGGACACCUGAACCCGUCUCUGGAACAGCAUCUGUGGUCCACUUCCACACUGUCCACGCUGCAGGACUACAGUGACAGUGAACCCCAGUGCGGUCUGGUCCUCAUUUCAGCAUCCAGGGUUCUCUACCUGGCCACAGAGCAAAUCUCUCCUGACUAUGAAGAACCAGCUCAGUUCUACACAGAAACAUACCACUAG